CGUGAAGAUGGCGGAAGGUCCUCCGCGCGGCCACCGCUUCUUCUGUCACUGCUGCGCGGCCGAGACGGGCGCUGCUCUCCCGGUCUAACAGUCCCCACCGUGUGUGUCGGUGAGCUGCACCCUUCUUCUCAGAUCCUCUUCCAAGGUGACAGUUUACCUCAAACCAGGACAUCGCCAUGGCAACGAGUCCACGUCUCCAGGCUGCCCCCUUCAGUGCGGAUGGACGUUGUGAGGGGGUCCGGCAGAUGAUCCUUGUGGGAACAUCAACAUCGCCCACAUGAGUCUGUCACACGUACCCACAUCAGAGAGUUUACUGCGGUACAUUUAGUGGCUCCCUCACUCCAACAAGGGCACACGGUUUACCGCGGUUCUGUCUCAAUGACUUGUGAGGGCACCUGCUUUACAUCGUUUACCAUAUGUUCAUGCUGUACACGUGGAUGCAAGUCGCAGCUGGAGAUUUUGAGUGUUUCUUGUAUUUUUUUUACCGUUACUGUACUGCUGUGUUGCGAUGGUCCAGCAUCCUGCGCCAUCAACGCGGCGCGCUUCCGGACCUUUCCGUGCUGGCGCGUCACGCCGGGCCGCUCGAAUCACGCCGUGGUUCCGAGGGCCCGGAGCCCGUUCUGAGCACUGUUCCCCGACCUCUUUUGCAGGACUACACGUGUCCGAGAUGCGAGUCGGGCUUCAUCGAGGAGCUCCCGCAAGAGGGAAGCACGGAGAGUGGGUCCGCACCUACGUCCAGGGCCGCCGCCGCCUCCGGGGCAGAGCCAGAGCGUCGGCCAUUUGAGAAUGCGGAGCGACAGCUGUUCGCGUUUCCCUCGGCUUACGGCCAGUUUGCCGUGGGCAUCUUUGACGAGAGCUUCGACUUGGGAGCGGGUUCGCUGCCGGCAGAGGAGGAGGAGGAGCCCGAGGCACAGGCCCAGGGGGGACAGGAGUCCCCGUCGGCACGGCAGUCAGGCAGCAGGCAACUGCGGCGAGGGCCGACUCGACGGCCUGAGGGUGUGCCCACGCUGGAAGGGAUCAUCCAACAGCUUGUGAAUGGAAUCAUGGGGCCCACGGCGAUGCCAGGCCUCGGCGCCGCGCCCUGGGGGGUGUUGCACUCGAGCCCCAUGGACUAUGUGUGGGGUGCCAACGGACUAGACGCCAUCAUUACCCAGCUGUUGAAUCAGUUUGAGAACUCAGGACCGCCGCCCGCAGACCGGGACAAGAUCAAGAGCCUUCCGACGGUCCAGGUGACGGAGGAACACGUGGGUUCGGGACUCGAGUGUCCUGUGUGCAAGGAGGACUAUAGCGUGGGCGAGAGCGUCCGGCAGCUUCCCUGCAGCCACCUGUUCCACAACGACUGCAUCGUCCCCUGGCUGGAGCAGCAUGACACGUGUCCAGUGUGCCGGAAGAGCCUCAGCGGACAGAACACGGCGACGAACCCCCCAGACGUGUCAGGGAUGAACUUCUCACACUCUUCGUCUUCAUCGUCUUCCUCACCUUGUACACCUUCCACCUCCCCCAGUGACGAGAACGUGGACAACAACUCGUAAAACUUCGCCGGGGGGGUUCUGUCGGGGCACCCCCUGGGGAUCGCGGCGGAGCUGAACCCAGCACAGACGUUGAUGCUCUCAAUGUGGACAGACGCACUGCUGUGCGAUGAGGGCUCCGCGACGAUCACUCCGAUGACUGUGGGACACAGGGGGAGGGGGCUGGUGGGUGGGGUUGCCGACCACCCAGGCUGACAGGUAGAGCUGAUUCUGUGGUACGCUUUGGUGGAGCCGUUUGGAGUCUCUCUGUAUUCUUCAACACUCAGGACAGAGCCCUUCUUUACAUCGUUUGUCAUCACUUCCUUUGGCCGUACAGCUGCGAUGAGGGGUCACAGGUUACUGUAUGAACUCAUGUUUUUAUAUUUUUAGGAUUGAAACCAUUCUCUCUUUGUGUGUACGGCCCAAGGAUCUGAGAACUGUGCUUCCCUGCCUGCCCUGGGGGUAAACAAGGUGCAGGUUGCUCCAUGGAGACACCAGGAUGCGUUUGCACCGUUCGGUGAGCUCGGUGUGCCAGCUGCUCUCCGCAUGCGUUUGGGUUCACAUCCCUCUUUUGUGUGUCGCGAUGGACUCCAUCAGUACCAAAUUGCAUCUUCGUUUAUACGCUGAACAUUUCAGCUGUUCCCUAACUUCUCCUCGUAUUGUAAAAGCUGGGCAUAUCUUAGUAACGGGGGGAAUUUAUCCUUCUCCAUAAACAUCAGGUUCCCAUGCGUUGGUGUCUGUGGUGUCCUUUCGUACUGUGAUUGUAAGUUAUGUGGAAAGUUUAACUUAUUUUCGAGUUGUUUUGUAAAAAUCAUAAUAAAACAAAGUGGUCAUGCA